AUGGCUGAGUACAAGCUAGAAGUGACAACAGGGAACAUGACAAAUGCCAGCACAUUUGAUCACAUACACGUAACCGUAAUUGGAACUGGAGGGGAGAGUGAGCGGACUGAAUUGGAUAACUACGGUGCAGAUUUUAAAACUGGGACGACAGGGACCUACAUCAUCAAAAGCAGUCUGUCUCUGGGGAAACUUCUGCUGGUCAAGGUGGAGAAAGACCCUUUCUUGUUUCUCCCAGAAAAUGAGUGGUACCUCUCUAAAAUAGUGGUGACGACUCCAGAAGGAGAAGCCGUUCUUUUCCCCUGUUACAGAUGGAUCUCCAGAGGAGAACUGGUGGAGCUGAGAGGAGGGAGAGCCUUGAAGGGUUUUGAGGAAGACCAUCCCUUGUUGAUUGACCACCGCAAAAAAGAGCUGAUUCUGAAAAGGAGAUUCUACCAUGGCAUUGAACUCAAGCUCAAGGGGCUAUAUGGAUCGACUGAAAAAUGGGAAAGCAUUGAAGACAUGAAAAAAAUCUUUUGGCAGAAAAAGACAACAAUGUCAGAGUAUGUUGCAGAGCACUGGAAGGAAGAUGAUUUUUAUGGAUCCCAGUUUCUGAACGCAGUCAAUCCAAAUGUGAUCAAGCGCUGCUCAGAGCUUCCCCCAAACUUUCCAGUCACAGAGGAGAUGGUGAAGCCGUUCCUGGAAGAGGGAAGCUCUCUGCAGGAGGAAAUGAAGAAAGGCAAUAUAUUCCUCUAUGACCAGAAGAAGAUGGAUGGAAUACCCCCUAGAGCCUAUAAUGGUGAACCUCUGCACGUGACUGCUGGUCUCUGUUUGCUCUACUCGAACCCAGAAAACAAACUGAUGCCCAUUGCAAUACAGUUGCAUCAACAACCUUCUGCGGAGAACCCCAUCUUUGUGCCCAGUGACCCGGAGACUGACUGGCUGCUUGCCAAGAUGUUUAUUAAAAAUGCAGAUUUCAUGGACCAUCAAGCAGUCCAGCACCUCAUGAAAACUCACUUUCUGGCAGAGGUCUAUACUCUUUCCGCUCUCCGCAGCUUCUCUGUGGUUCAUCCCCUCUAUAAGCUGCUGUUUCCACACUUCCGGUACACUCUGUACAUAAACACUAGAAGCCGCACAACUCUUUUGGGACCUGACGGGGCUUUAAGUAUAAGUUCACUUGGAUUUGACGGAAUGACAGAGCUCAUGAGAAGGGCUCUCUCCGAAACGACCUACAGCUCCCUCUGUCUGCCAGAGAACAUCACUGCACGAGGACUGGAAUCAAUCCCCAACUUCUACUACAGAGAUGAUGGCCUGAAGCUGUGGAACAUCAUCAACAGCUUUGUGCAGGCAGUAGUGGAGUACUACUAUCCUUCAGACAGUGAAGUGCGUAAAGACACUGAGCUGCAGGAAUGGAUCAGUGAGAUAUUCACACAUGGCUUCUUAGGAAACAAAGCCUCAGGGUGUCCAGCAAGCUUUCAAACUGUCAAGGAGGUGAUCAAAUUCAUCACCAUGGUGAUCUUCACAGUGACGGCUCAACAUGCUGCAGUAAACAAUGGGCAGUUCGACUACUGCUCCUGGAUACCCAAUGCCUCACUUCUGCUGCGCAAUCCUCCUCCAACCACUAAGGGGCAGUCAAGCAUGAAGACAAUUUUGGAGACCCUCCCAAAUGUUGGCGAGACGAGCAGCUUUAGAGCACAGGGUUGGAUACUUACAGAGAAGUACACUGACAUGGUUCCCAUGGGUACAUACCCCGAAGAACGAUUCGAUGAGCCUGCCCCAAAGCAGAUGAUUAAGGAGUUUCAAGCAGAGUUGUCCUACUUUAGUGAAACAAUUGUAGCAAGAAACUUGCAGCUUGAACUACCCUACACUUACCUGAACCCUACUCAGAUUGAGAACAGUAUUACUAUUUAA